UACAAUCGGGUGCUUCUGUGUUUGUCUAGGUGUGGGCGUUUCUGAGUUACAGUGAGUGUGAAGCGACAGAGAACAUAAUCGUAGAGAAGAAAGAAGGAUUGCGGCGAUGGCGGCGCAUCACGCGGAACCGACGAAGUUGCGGUGGGGCGAGCUGGAGGAGGAUGACGGCGAGGAUCUGGACUUCCUCCUCCCGCCGCGACAGGUCAUAGGGCCAGAUGAGAACGGCAUCAAGAAAAUAAUUGAGUACAAGUUCGACGACGACGGAAACAAGGUCAAGAUCACCACCACCACGCGCACACGUAAGCUCGCCAACGCGCGUCUCAGCAAACGUGCCGUCGAGCGUCGGUCCUGGCCCAAGUUCGGCGACGCCGUCCACGAAGACGUUGGCAGCCGCCUCACCAUGGUCUCCACCGAAGAGAUCCUUCUCGAACGCCCCAAGCCUCUUGGCUCGAAAACAGAGGAGCCGAAGACUGGUGGAGACCCCUUGGCUCAAUUCCAGAAAGGUGCUGUUCUCAUGGUGUGUAGGACAUGUGGGAAGAAGGGCGAUCACUGGACCUCAAGGUGUCCAUACAAGGAUCUUGCCCCACCAUCUGAGGGAUUCGUGGAUAAGCCUGCAACAUUAGAUGCUGCAGCAGCAACAGGUGGUGCAACCAAGGGAGCCUACGUGCCUCCUGGUAUGAGGGCAGGUGCUGAGAGGAGUGGUGGAUCAGAUAUGCGGCGCAGGAACGAUGAAAACUCUGUGAGGGUUACCAACCUCUCUGAAGACACAAGAGAGCCUGAUUUGAUGGAGCUGUUCCGUCCUUUUGGUCCCGUAAGCAGAGUUUAUGUUGCCAUUGAUCAGAAGACCAGCAUGAGCCGAGGUUUUGGCUUUGUUAACUUUGUCAACAGGGAAGAUGCUCAACGGGCUAUCACCAAACUCAAUGGGUAUGGAUACGACAAUCUCAUACUCAGAGUUGAAUGGGCAACUCCAAGGGCGAGCUAGAUGCUUUUGUGCUUUUUUUCAUUUUUGUGUUUUGAAGAAGGUCCAUCUAUUUUUGUAAGUUAAUGUACUUGAUUCCUUUUGAUUUACCAUUUAAAAGUAUAGAUUUGAGAUUUUAAUUUGGUUA